AUGUUGCGACGGACAAGAAGAUCUCCAACAGCUUGCUCUUGGUGUCGUUAUCGCAAAGUGCGUUGCGAUGCAUCAAUACUCGGCUCUCCCUGUACUCGUUGCCGACAAGACGGUCGCAGUGAAUGUAUUCUUCGCGCCCAGAAUCCUAAGCAGUCACCCAAGUCACCCAAGUCACGCAACCCGGUGCUCCCUGCACAGCAGAGCUUAGAUUCAACAAAAGGCCGACCCUCCGGGGACCGCCGCCAAUCACAUGCUCGUCAAAAUCUUACCUCACAGCUCCGUGCACAUGGUCUCAGCUUCGAUGACUGCAGUGACAGUUCACCCGAGCUCCCUGAUAUUCCAUAUACCGAAUACGCCUUCGUCGAGUCUCGGCGAUUGCUGUCACUACCUUCCGAAGACAUAGCCUUUCUCACAUCCGAAGGCUGCUUGAGCUUGCCAGCAUCCAAUACAAUCCACGAGUUUGUUGAACAGUAUUUCAAGCGCAUUCAUCCAAUGGUUCCUGUAUUGGACGAAGCAGAAUUCUGGCGCAUUUAUCGAAACACCCAAUCUACAGGUCCCACUAUAUCUCUUUUUGUGUUGCAAUCAAUGCUUUUUGCAAGCUGUCCGCUAUUAUUUGAAUUGCGGACCGAAAAGCGGUGUCAUAUAAAUGCACAAGGCGCUGUUCUGCUUACACAUUACACCUCUGCAGAUGAUACCCAGUCUGGAAGCUUAUGGGUCACAAGGGCCAUCGAGCACGCUAUGCUUGUUGACGCUGAGCCGUUGUCGUCGAUGGACAAUGUGAGACUGUCGCUCAAGAAACGGCUUUGGUGGUCUAUCCUUCUUCGAGACCGAAGCCUGUCUAUUGGACUAUGCCGCCGUCCUCAGGUGACCUCAAUCAGCUUGCAUGGAUGGAGUGAUUGGCUGAGCACAGAGGACUUUGAGGAAGAAUUGCAUCAGUCUCGAGUCUAUGACUAUGAUACAAAGAUGCGCUUACUGGAGGCACUUCAGAAGCAAUGUGAGCUAGCUGUGCUACUCACAGAUUUGGUGAAUUUGGCAUUCACUCAACGAAAGACCCCGAGACGGCUCCUAUCUAUGAUUGAAUUCCAGAAUCUCUUGUUGCGCACAAAAAGAAUCAAAAUCUCCCUCAAUGAAUGGGAACUAUCAAGUCAGCCUCUGAUUCCAUCAAGGGAGACACCACUAUUGGAUGGAAAUGAGGCAGUUGAAAGUUUGACCUACAUGACGUUUAUGUACUACCACGCAGCACGAGUAAAACUGGCUCAUUAUGCGGCAUUUAUACUGGAAGAGAACGUUUUCUACGCAGGAGACCAAUACGGCAAUCUGGUGCUAGAGAUCAGUGAUGACCUAAGGAAUGGGAUCCAGGGAUUGAGUGUCGUAAUGGAACAUUUCAGUGUCAAUGGAUAUUCUGAUAGUCUUCCUCUGAGUGUUCUUGGAUACGUCAGUAUGCCGCUCUUACUAGCAGCUAUAGAUCUCAAGCUUUCUCCUUCGCGAGAGCAGACGCAGGCAAGGCAACGACGUUUGAACUCGCUGAGUCAAAUCAUCCGUCACUCAGAGACGCUGUACGACGUUACCGACUGCGUGGCCGUCGCGACCAACCAUCUCUUGCAGCUUGCCUAUGUCACAACACAGAACAUCUCCUCAGAAGGAAUGUCACUCCAAUUAGCUUCACCGGAGGACCUAGUGGAAGAGAACUGUUUACUUAGCAACAAAUGUCCGAAUAGAGCGUCCAGUAAAUCGAUGCCGCCUGGACCCAACUGCCCAACUAGCUGGCAAGAUGCGUUCAUUCAGUGCCCGAGGGCAUACCUUCUGAUAUCGAACUCUGUGGACUAUACCAUGGCAACUGGGUGUCUACCAUCUGCCGAUGUUCUCCCUGAAAUUGUUCGUGACCUUCCAGCAAUGGGAUUCAUUGCUCGGCUUCCCUGGACAUCUGAUAUUCCGUUAUCAGAAUCCACAAGGUCUCUUGUAGCCAGUACAAAUCGGAUUCAGCGACAGAGUUACCCUGGAAGUGUGCGUUCAUCGUCUAUUGAAGGACGAGAUGCCCUCGACCCAAUCGACAUUGAAACCAAGACGGAGAAGAACUUACACCCGCAGAGGGUCCAGAUUAAUUACAACUCGUCAACAGAUGCAACUUCUGACGAUCCUGCGACGUCUUCUGUGAUCACAAACGAGCACCUGCCCGAUAUCAACAGAAGAGCGGACCAGAGAGCUUCUGAAACUACCGGACCGAACCUGGAUUUCAUGGACUUUGGAGGGUUUCAAAGUGUAUCGAACAAUGUGACGGAAACCUGUACAUUCAGGACUCCAUUAGAACUUGUCAGUCACAACUUGCAGGUCGAGAGCCCAUUGGACCAACAAGUGUUUGAACCCUAUGGUGUCACAUUACCACAGUCAAUCAAAGCAAUUGACUCGACAAUAUUUGACACGUUCUACCGCUCAGGAUUUGAACAGAACUGGGCCGUUCAAUAG